AUGCCUCUACCCCAGUGGCAAGGCCAAUGCAUGCCAGAUCCCUUCACCGACCCUGUUAUCCGACAUCGAGGUGCACGAUCAUCUUGCGAGGAUGUUCCCAUGCCCGAUUAUAUCUCUAGCUCUGGAAGUAGUCGCGCCAUCUCCAGCAUGACGGGCAUUAGCUACGAGCAUAGCAAACAUCCCAGCAUAGUAACCCCCGUCGACGAGGAGUCAUACCGGCAGCUGAUUGAAGCAUUGAGUCCGCCAAAGCCACUGGCCCUGUUCGGCAUUGCUGCACCCACCAAUAGCCCCUCUACUGCUUUACCCAUGGGAAAUAAGCUUUCUGCAGCUGCUGAAGCGCGUUCUGCACCUUACACCAAAGGCAGCAGCCGGACGUCGAUCUUGAAGGAGAUCUCAUUGCCUGGAACCAGAGAAGCGUCUGGGUCCAGCACUAAAUCCACCGCUGCUUCGGAAGCAACGGCUGAGGGAGCGGCAACUACCAAGAUUCAUGCUACCCCUAGCCCACGCGUCAAAAGCCGCAAGGAGGGCAUGUCCCAGACCAAGGAUAAUGAAUCUUUGGGGGGCUCGCCACUUAAAGUGAACGACAAAUCCCGCGAAACCCCCUCCAAGCUGGUGGUGCGUACCAGCGGAGGUGUGGAAACCCCAACUCGGUCCAGCCGCAAGUCAUCUACAGGUUCUGCCCGUGCAGAGGUCUCUCCCAUUUCCUAG